CACGCUGCAAGCUGUGGUCGUGUGUUGAGCAGACGAAGUUGUUUCGAAGCUGUUAGCAAUGGAUGUGGCCGGUGACAACACCCCUAGGGUCAUGUGGAAGCCUGAUAGAAGCAAACCAACCAAAAUGGAUAGACUCAGGACAUCCAUCAAUGAGAAAUACGGAGUUAAAUUGGAAACAUACCAACAAUUCCAUCGAUGGUCAUGUGAUCAUUAUGCUGCAUUUUGGGAGGAAGUAUGGAAAUUUACAGGCGUGAUUUCCUCUGCUCCAUACAAACAGGUGGUAGAUACCUCCAAGAACAUAGCAGAGGUGCCGGAAUGGUUUCACGGAGCCAGACUGAACUAUGCAGAGAAUCUACUGCAGUACAAUGAUGACAGAGUGGCUAUCUAUGCUGCAGGUGAGGGAAGAUCUGAGGUGAUAAAGAGGACGUACAAGGACCUGAGGAAAUCUGUAGGGCUGUAUGCAUCAGCCAUGAAGAAGAUGGGCGUGAAGUCUGGUGAUCGAGUUGUAGGUUACAUUCCCAACUGUAUCGAGGCUGUGGAGGCGAUGUUAGCAGCAGCAAGUAUUGGAGCAAUAUGGAGCUCAACAUCACCUGACUUUGGUGUAGUGGGUGUGUUGGAGAGGUUUUGUCAAAUACGUCCCAAGUUGAUAUUUAGUGUGAAUGCUGUCAACUACAAUGGCAGAAUGCACAACCAUUUGGAAAAGUUACAGCAGGUUGUCCGAGGUUUACCAGAUCUGGAGAGAGUUGUCAUCAUUCCUUUUGUGGCAGAAGCACAAUGUGACCUAUCACACAUUCCUAAUGGGUGCCUGUUGGAAGAUUUCUUGAAUGAUGGGAAGGAGGAUGGUGCUAUUCCCCAGCUGGAGUUCGAGCAGGUGCCCUUCAACCACCCCCUGUUUAUCAUGUACUCUUCUGGGACCACUGGGGCACCCAAGUGUAUGGUCCACUCAGCUGGGGGCACCCUGUUAAAACAUUUAGAAGAGCACUGUAUUCAGAGUGACAUGACACGAGAUGACAUCAUGCUCUACUACACAACAGCUGGCUGGAUGAUGUGGAACUGGUUGGUCUCUGUCCUGGCCGUCGGGGCAGCCAUUGUUCUGUAUGACGGCUCACCACUGGUGCCCCACCCCAACGUCCUGUGGGACCUGGUGGAUCAGAUAGGUAUCACUGUCCUGGGAACUGGAGCUAAGUGGUUGUCUGUGCUGGAGGAGAAGGAUGUCAAACCAGGUGAGACGCACAAGCUGACGACAUUGAAGAUGAUCCUGUCGACAGGCUCCCCGCUCAAGCCCCAGUCCUAUGAUUAUGUAUACAGGGACAUCAAAAGUGACUUGCUCCUGGGCUCCAUCACAGGUGAGGUCUUCUAUGACGGCACCCUGAAUCCAAACGGUGUAAGAUUCGGCAGUGCAGAAAUAUACAACAUAGUGGAAGCCUUCAAGGAGAUUCAGGAAGUGUGUGUCGCCCAGCGUAGCGCAGACAGGAUGGAAGAGAGAGUUGUCCUCUUCCUCAAGAUGGCGCCGGGGAGCGAGUUCAGCAAGGAGGUUAUUGGCAACAUCAACUCCUCCAUCAGGAUGUAUCUGUCUGCCAGACAUGUGCCUUCUAUUAUUCUGCCGAUUGAUGAUAUUCCUUACACCAUCUCUGGUAAGAAGGUUGAGGAUAGCCGUAAAACGUGCCAUCUCCGGUCUGGACGUCCCCCCAACAUGGUGCCCUCGCCAACCCAAGCUCCAUCGACCUCUUACUACAGCAUUCCAGAGCUGCUGAACUUCUAG